UUGCUAAUAUAAUAUAUCUAUAUUUUCAUUUAGCAGUCUAUAAACUAUUUUUCAUUAUAUUUUUCACUUCAAGAUUCUGACACUUGCAACUCUUCUAUUCUCAAAGCAACGCCUAUUUCACAUAGACUUUUUUGGGGUCUCAUGUAGUUUCGUACCUAACGUACUUCUAGUGGGCGUAGCAUAACAAUUUUUUAUAAAAAUAUUUCAAAUCACUAUUUUGUUGUUUUGUAAUUGAAAAAUAUCUUAUUUUAUAUAAAUUAGUUCAAGAUUUUACUAUGUCGAGACAAAGUUCUCACAUUCCUGAUUCACCAAUCUCAAAAGGCAGCAUCAAAUUAAUGCAGCAUGACAAACGCCUUGUACAGCCAUCUGCACAAGGGAAGAGAGAUGUUGUCAAAGUUGCUGUUGAGGUGAGGGGAAUAAGGCAACUUUAUGAAAUGGAUCAGACUAAACGACUUCAGGAUAUUAUCAAAGACCUUUGCAAAGGGGAUGCCAAUUGGCAAGAUUAUUCUUUACAAGUUAUAGAUGAACAUGAGCAAUAUAUAACUGAAGCGAAUCAGCAUGAAGUAAAAGAUGGAACAAUGUUAAGACUUGUAGCUUCUCCAAAUAAAACCGUUGUAGAUCUUAUGCAAUGCCUUCGUCAAAACACUACCCCUUUGGAGGAUAAGGUGAAUGCUUACAAACGUCUUUCAAAGAUUUCAGCUGACCCUACAUUUGCUGAUAUAUUCAUUCAGAAAAAAGGAUUACAUUUUAUUCUUGAAUCAAUUGAAAAAGGAACAUGUCAGGGUGAUUCGCUUGCACAUGGUCUUGGAGCUGUCAUCGAACUGUUGGAUCAUGGUACUGUGAUGUAUGAUAAUGUAUUAUCACAUGGGUUUAUAAGAAAAGUCUCAUCGUUUGUGAAGGAUUCAUCAGAAAAUGAUGCGACUAUACUGCAAAGGUCACUCGCUAUAUUGGAAGCUGGUGUCAUCAACAGUCAGCGAUUGUAUAAUGAAAUAUCUCAGGAAAUCACUGCUAUCAAUCUUACAACACAUGUUCAAAGAUCCAACCCAGAAAUUCAACAUAAUACAAUUGCUCUCAUAAAUGCUUUACUGCUUCGGGAUCCAAAUGAAGGCACAAGAAUCACAGGUCGUAAGAAAAUUUCUAACCCAAUGACACAAAAGCAAUUCAGAACUGUAAUUCUCAAUCAUAUUAUUAGAACAUCUAAAUCUAUUAGCUCUGAGAUGGCUCAUCAACUAUAUGUUCUGCAAGUGUUAACAUUCAACCUCUUAGAAGAACGAAUGAAUACAAAGCUCAAUCCUCAUGACAGCGAACAAAGAUCUCAUCUGUUCGAACUUCGUAACAUAGCUUUUGAUUCGACUAGUGAAAUUGCACCUUCCCCAACAUCAAAGAGGCCUCAAAAUAUUUCACAAUUCAAUCCUGUUGAUUUCAAGAAGUUAGGUUUUGAAAACUUCAACAAUCCAGUUUUAGAAUUUGAAGUAUUGCCACCCGGAAUAUUUGCUCUGGAUUGUAUGAGGUACUUUGCGAGAAAUCAACAAGAUAACUAUGUCAGACUUGUUCUGGAAAAUAGUGCACGUGGAGACAAACAUGAAUGUCCAUUUGCUAAAAGUUCUGUUCGGCUGGUGAAAAUGAUUUGUGAGAUUCUAAAUAUAGGAGAGCAACCUACAGAAACAGGAGAAGAUUAUUAUGCAAUGUUUUUCACUCAUGAUCAUGCAAUUGAAGAGUUUUAUUGCAUCUGCAUCCAGCUGCUCAAUAAAACAUGGAAAGAAAUGAGUGCUAUCAAGGAAGAUUUUGAUAAAGUUAUGAGUGUUGUCCAUGAUCAGAUUCUUAUCGGAUUAACGGCACAGCCACAACCCUCAUCUCUCGAUAUUUUCAAAUCCAAGUUAUACAACUACUCUGAAAUUCUCAAAAUAAGACGGCGAGAAAUGCUUGAAAAGGAGGAAUUUGAUUCUCAAGCGAAACCAGUCCUUGAACUGCAAAAAGAACUCAAGCCUGAAAUUUUAGACCUAGUCAAAGAACAAAGGUUGAAUGUGUUAAAGGCAGGAACAGUCUUUCACAAAAUAUCUAGCAAAAAAUUUCGAGAAAAGUCUCACUGGUGUUGCCGACUCUCUCACAAUCAUAAAUAUCUUCACUACUGUGAUGUAGACAGCAACAAAGACAAACCAUCAAUUGAAGAAAUGACUGGCAAGUUAGAGAUAGCGGAUUGUAAAGAUGUAAUUUUUGGUAAAAGUUGUCCCCACAUGAGAAAUCAAAAAGUUCAUAAAGCGACUGCAGAUCUUGCAUUUUCUAUUUCUUAUGAUCCUGAUGAAUUUCUCAACUUUGUUGCUCCAGAUAAAGAAACAUGGAUGCAUUGGGCAGAUGGGAUGAAUGCUCUUCUUGGUAAACCGAUGUCAAGUGAUAAAGCCAAGUUAGAUAUGGAUAUGUUACUUGCAAUGGAAAUGAAGCUUCGGCUUCUUGAGCUUGAAAACAUACAUAUACCAGAUCACCCACCACCUAUUCCCCCACCACCGGAUAACUUCAAUUUUGCUUAUAAUUACUAAAUAUCUUUACAAAUUUUAUUAAUCAGAACAGUUGUUUGAUUAUUGGCCUUAAAAACAUAUCUUUGUCCUAGCAUUAUCUUUUAAUCCAAAUUUAGUAAAGCAAAGAUGAUGUUUAACUUUAAAUCACUUUGGUUAAAGCAAUCAUAAUAUUAUUACUAUGAUAAAUAUUGUAUCAAUUAUUAUUCAUAUACUCAAGCUUGUUCCACCUACAUAAAAGAUUUUUUUAAUUUUUUUAAAAUGAUUCUGCAAAAUUUAAUUUGAAUAACAAAUAUGCUAUGAUGCUGCAGUAGCUCAUUUCCCUUUGGAAAUUCACUGAAGCCUUUAAUCAAGCAUUUUCUAUUUUUCCUAUACUCAUGUGUUGUUCAUACUGUUUCUUGUUGUUAAGCGGAAAUAAUCCAGAACUUAAUAUAUUUCAAGAAUCUUUGUAUCAAAAUACUUUACUGCUUAUGUUUCAUUUAAAUAUUGAAUGAGCAGAAGUUUUGUUUAAAACCUUAAAUGUUAGUUAUUUUAUAUCUUUUCUUUAGAAAAUUUGUUAACGAAUUGUUACUUAUCAAUUUUAAUCGGUAAGUAUGUUGAUAGGUAUUUGUCUGUCUGUCUGUUAGAUGCACGCGAUAUCUCACGUAAGCGAGAUUGAAUCUGCUCCAGAUUUAUGUAAUUUUUACCAUAUUUUAGGAUAUAAAUUUGCUGCAUUAUUCCAAAGUGCCGACUCGUUGAUAUGGUGUUUUUCAUAAAAAUGUGCACUAAGCAAAUUUGCAGGCGCACACCAUUUGUGUCCUGUAUAUUCAUGUAUUAUUUGGCUAAUGAGUUUAUUUUUUAUAUUAUUUGCAUAUAUUGUAUUAAAUAACCAGAUAUGUCGUUUCCAAUGCUUCAUGAUUACCAUAUUUUUAAUAUUUUUAGUUGGAUUAUUGAACAAAAUGGUGAUAACCAGUUAACAUUAUAUUAUAAAAGUAGCAAAUUCCUUAGUGUAUAGUGAGUUUGAAAGUUUAGGGUCUUGAAACGCAUAGGCCCCUGCCCCCUGGUAUCCUGCAUCAUUUUUGAAUGGCCUGACUUUCCUGCUUGGUGCCGAAGUGCAGCAUUUUUUAAAGCAAUUCUAAUUGCCCAGAAGGUCAUUUUUAGGUUCUAAGUAUUCGAUUCAAUAUUUCUUUUGGUAGUGUGAGUUACGUGUUUGUGUCCAGAUAUAUCAACUGGCGAUUCCCUGAAGCGGAGAUGGCCAAUACCGAAUAAUUCACUCUUUCGAAUAGUAGUAACGCUUUUAUUUUUUAGUACGUACGAAAAUACGAAUCAAAAAUUAAUCAGAAUCGGGCAGUUCACCACACAUUUUAUGUCCAAAGAUUGUCGUGUUAUUUCAAUAUAGUUAUGCUUUUAUUUUUUUGCAAGUUGACGCAACCAUGAAAUACGUUUGACAGAAUUAAAUUUGUACGGCAAGGCA